CAUGUUGGAGCAGCGGAGGCGGCGCAGAGGCGCGUCCUGGGUCCCCGCGGCGGCGCCGGUGCCAAGCGCUGGUUUGCGGAUACCCAGGCAGAUCUGCAGUGCCUAAUGCCAUGAGCGUGGUGGUGCAGCAUGCGGAGGAGAAAGCUGUGCACUCCUGGUCGCGGAUCUCCACGGCAGGAAAGAAGGCCCUGGAGGAGGCGCUCCUUGUCUUUAACCCCAUGAGCCAGGAUCUCAGUGCCACAGAGGCCCAGCUUGUAGCCUUCCUGCAGGGCCUGCGGGAUGAUGGCUUCCAACCUACCAUCCUGCGCAGCGGUGAUGUCUAUGGCUAUAGUUCAUGCACAGCCAACCCCCCAAGCCAGACGAAGCUGCAAGCUCGUGCCCCCGCCCCAGCUGCCACAUCACCUCCAGCCAGCACCCCCAGAACUGCCAUGCGGCUGCCUGCAGGCCGGGCCACGCUGCUUCCUAUGCCACUAUCUGGAAGGCUGGCCAAAGCAUCCACACCAACCCUUGCCAAGCAUGCUACCACCAACCUGCUGCUGAGCUCCCUGAAGCAGUCAAGUGCCAGUCGUGCCCGGGGUGCAGCAGUGGGCUUCCCCGCCCACCUCUAUCCAGGUGUCUACCCUGCCAUGCGGCUCUCUGUUGUCCUUGAGGCCCUGGUUCCACUAAAGACUUCCAUGCCCUGCUUGGGUGCCAAGCACAAGGCACAGUCACUACAGCUCUCACUUGCAGACUCUCCCCUGAAGCUGCGCAAAGGCCCAGGGAAGAGGCCAGGGAACUCUCGGCCCAAAGCUCCCAGAAAAGCCACAAGCAAGGGCCCCAAGUGUCUGACUCACAGAGCCCCCAGGGCUAGACCCCAACAAGGCACUAAGCCCCGGAAAAAGACCUGCAAAGCUACUGGGUCCCUCAGUGGCCUACAAAUGAAAAGUGGCUCUGCCCUGGGCACCAAAACAUCCCAGGCCAAGGCAGCUCGAACACUGGCCAAAGCUGCCCAGGCCAAGGUAGCUCGAACACAGGCCAGAGCUGCCAAGGCCCAGGCAAAAGCCAAGGCAGCACAGAUCAGGGCCAAGGCCAAGGCAGCACGGAUCAGGGCCAAGGCCAAGGCAGCACGGAUCAAGGCCAAAGCCAAGGCCGUGCGGGCCAAGGCCAAGGCAGUGCAGGCCAAGGCCAAGGUGGCUCGGACCCAGUCCAGGAACAGGGGCAGGCCAAAAGGAUCUGUUCAGGCCAGGACUGCAAGGAAGGGCCAGAAAAGCCGCCCUGAGACUGUAGGACAGAAGAGGAAAAGGGCUGAGGAGGCAAAGGAUCUUCCUCCCCGGAAAAGAACACGACAUGGGCCCCGAUCCCCUAAGGCAUGGCUAGGGCCUGGAACAGCAAAGCUGCUAAAAUUCCGGGCCAUCAAGGUGGACAGGCGGUCCUCGGAUGAUGAGGUUCGGCAGCGGGCUCAGCGGAUCCUCCGUGUGAACCUGUCCCCUGUAAUACAGCUCCAGCCAUUGCUGCCAUACUCGGCACCCUGAUUCCUUCACAUAGCAAUCUUUGGGAAAACUGAGCCCAGUUGUCUGUGUGACCAGUGGCACAGUGUGCAAUGCCCAUGGAUUCUACAACCCCAAGGACUCCGAGUGCCUCUCCAGGGCCCUGAGAGCCACCAUUCUCCUUUCAGAGACUGGAGGAUAUGGGGUGGUAUGGGCGGGUGGGAGGGGUGUUCUCAUGGCGCGAUGCACUGUGAUUUGUUACUCUUCAAGUUGUACCUCCACUGUUCCAUCUAUCACGUUUUAUACCUUUCCACCUUCCAGUCUCCCUGCCCACCCUUCAUGGUCUUUUUUGUGUUUGUAGCUGCUGGUAGGCCAGCUUCAGCAUACAGAAGUGGCCUCAGGAACAGGGCUGCCAGAGGGGGUCCUGGUAGCCCAGGACAAGUCCUGGAGGUAAUUUUCAAAGUUCUGCACCCAGCCAUUCUGAUGGAGAACCCACACAACCUCAGGACUCAGGGUACUCAUCCCCACAGCCAGUCCUGUGCUCCUUCCACAUCAGGACAGCCAGAUACUGCAGGGAGGUGAGGUCCUGCUUGGGUGUGUACACCAGUGGGGUAUGGUGGCAGGCAAGCCAGCUCCGUCUCCCAGCAUCAUUCCCCGGCUGUGUCCCAUCAUGGUCCUCUAUUGUGGACCCUAAUAUGGCCCCCUUUCCAAUCCCAUCAUUUCCCCCCAUACCUAUACCCAGUGUAUAGGGACUGGCACAGGUAGCAGUUUCUAUCUCUGCCCCAUUGCAAGUCCUUUGUGGGACCCCAUUGUGGUUCCCAUCACUACUUUCUAUGCCAGCUACCAACAAUGUACCCCAUUUCUGCACUUAUCACUGUACCUUAUAACUGUCCCUUUUAUGAGCCUCCAUCACAACCCCUAUCCUGGUCACCCUGACUCAUCACCCUGAUGAGUCAUCACCCUGAUUCUUCACCCUAGCCUUACUUGGUGCCCCACAUCUCUGCAGCUGCCUCUAGGUGGCGCCGGGGUGUCUCUGGGUUGUGACCUCUUGUAAAACAAGUCUUGAAAGACAAGACACAUAACCAUAACUCAGCAGGGCAACCCAGAGUCAGGCCAGGUGAGUACUAAAGUAGGACAUACCCCAACCUGGCCUUUACUCUCCACCCACCUUGACUGUGGCUAUUAACCAACUACUUCUCCUGAGCCCCGAUGCUAGGUUCCCAAGCACGUCUUCCUUGCUCUUCUGAUCAGAAGAGAGACACUCAGCAAUGGGCAGUAUAAGAGGUAACCUUGGUUCAGUAACUGACUUAACCUGUGGAGCAGAAAGUAGCCGUGGACCCGUCUGUCCCAUGUGUACAUUGAACAAGUGCCCAUUGAGCUCCACUGUGUGCCAGACAUCUAUCCUCUGAGCAGUGUUAAGUGGGGAGCAGAUAAACAAGGUAUCUGUCUUCUUGGAGCUGCCAUGAAAGUGAGAAAAACUUGAUAAAUAAGCAAACUAAUACUCUAA